AUGGGCGGGGUUGGUAAGACAACCCUUGCUCAGGUCCUUUACAACGACGACACAAUAAAAGAGCAUUUUGAUGUUACCGCUUGGGCAUGUGUUUCCGAAGAUUUUGAUGCUAUGAGGGUAACUAAAACCCUUAUUGAAUCAAUUAGCUCAAAACCUUGCAGUCUUCCAGAUAGCUUGCUUCAAGUUGAACUAAGGGAACAAGUGAGGGGGAAAAAGUUCCUAUUUGUGUUGGACGACCUUUGGAAUGACAAGAAGAGUGAUUGGGGUCUUGUACGGGUUCCUUUUACUUAUGGGGCGAGGGGAAGUAAGGUCAUUGUAACAACGAGAAACGAAAGUGUUGCAUCCCUGGUGCGCACCGUGCCUAUUCACUACUUGAAACAUUUGUCGGAUGAAGAUUGUUGGUUGUUACUCGCAAAACAUGCAUUUAGAAAUGAAAAUCCUGGUGCGCAUUCAGACUUGGAAGAAAUUGGUAAGCAAAUUGCACGCAAGUGCAAUGGUCUUCCUUUAGCUGCAAAAGCGCUUGGGGGUCUCUUAGGUUGUAAUGUGGAUUACGAGGAAUGGAGUCACAUAUUGAACAACAAACUUUGGGAGAAACUGCAUGAUGAGGGUGUUCUUCCAUCAUUAAGAUUGAGUUACCAUUAUCUCCCUACUUAUUUGAAACAAUGCUUUGCUUAUUUCUCAAUUUUCCCAAAGGACUGUGAAUUUGAAAAGGAAAAUAUAAUUCAACUUUGGAUGGCACUGGGUUUAAUUCCAGAAGCUAAGAGUGGUGAAGGAUUGGAAGAGGUCGGCAAGGGAUGCUUUGAUGAACUAUUGUCACGAUCACUACUUCAAAUAUCAUUAACUGGGAAAUCAAGUUUCACAAUGCAUGAUCUCAUUAACGACUUGGCUAUGUCCGUGUCUGGAAAAUUUUGUUUUAGGUUGGAUGAGGGAGAGCCACGUGAUCCUAAACGAGUUCGGCAUUUGUCAUAUAUGAGAGGAAGAUUUGAUACUGCUGCAAAAUUUAAGCCAUUGGACGAAAUUAAGUGUUUGCGAACCUUACUUCCUAUGUCUUUAAGACCAUACAAGGGGUGGGAGGAGAACUAUGUAAGCGUUAAGGUUCUAGAGGACUUGUUACCAGUACUAAAAUGUUUAAGGGUGUUGUCACUGUCAAGAUAUAAAAAUAUCACUCGAAUACCUAAUAGCAUUGGUAAACACUUGCACUUGCGCUACAUUGAUUUCUCUUACACUGCAAUUGAAAGGUUACCAGAUACGGUGUGUACUCUCUACAAUUUGCAAACUCUAUUGUUGUUCGGUUGUUCCUCACUUGUUGAAUUGCCUGCAGACAUGAGAAAAUUGAUAAAUUUGCGUCACCUUGAUAUUGGUCGAACUCGUGUAGAAGAGAUGCCGGUACAAAUGGGUAGUUUAAAAAGUUUGAGAACAUUGACUGUUUUUGUGUUGGGGAAAUCUACUGGGUCAAGUGGCAUUGGAGAAUUGGGGCAAUUGUCCCACCUUCGAGGAAAAUUAUCUAUCAGGAAUGUGCAAAAUGUAGUCAAUUCUAUGGAUGCCUCGGGGGCCAAUUUGAAGGAUAAGAAACAUCUCAGCGAAGUAGUGUUGGCAUGGGGUCUUAAGGAUGAAUAUGAUACCAUCAAAGAGAGACAUGUACUUGGAAGCCUACAACCUUCCGUAAAUCUGGCGAAGCUGACCAUCAGAUUUUACGGUGGAACCAGGUUUCCGGAUUGGUUGGGAGACCCUUCCUUCUCCAACAUACAAGUCAUGCGUCUCACUGGUUGUAGGACUUGUUUGUGGUUGCCACCAGUUGGGCGGUUACCCGCUCUCAAAGAGCUCUAUAUAGAAGGGAUGAAAUCUGUCACGAGUAUUGGUGUUGAGUUCUACAGGGGUAAUGGAGCUUCUUUAAUUCAGCCAUUUCAAUCUCUCAAGAAGCUAGAGUUGAAAGAGAUGCCGGAGUGGGAGGAAUGGCUACCUUGUCCAGGCAGAGGUCAAUCUCUAGACUUUCCUCGUCUCGAGGAGCUGACUUUAGAGAAUUGUCCGAAGCUGAGGGGAAACUUGCCCGAUCAUCUUCCUUGCUUGAGAAAACUUUAUGUGUCCCACUGCGGGGUUCUACAUGAAAGGGCUACCAGAACGAGAUGGAUACCGUGGUCUCUCAUCGUUAACACGGAGUCCUUGCGACAAUCUCUUGAAGAAGUGAAGAUAUUUGGAUGCCCUGGUCUCUCGUCGUUACUAGAGACGGAGUCGCUUUCCUCGCUUGCCAAACUUGAGAUUCAAUUUUUUAGUCGCAGAGAGUGCUUGCGGCCGCACUUGAGCAAUUGUCUUCAAGUUUUGACUCUGUAUAACUGCGCAUCACUCUUGUCGUUCCCUAGAAAUGGUCUACCCACUUCGUUGACACGUGUUAGUAUAAACGAUUGCAGGAGAUUAGAAUUCCUAUCUCAUGAGAUGAUGGCCAAAUUGACAUCCCUUCAAGAAUUGGAUUUGUGGGACAGCUGUGAUUCACUGAGGUCCUUCCCGCUGGGCGUUUUCCCCAAACUUUCAUUUCUUACUAUCGGCAGAAUUAAAAAUCUAGAAUCCCUUUCCAUUGGUGACAAGUGUUUGCUUUAUACUCAUAAUUAUGAUCAAGUGUUUGCUUCCAACAUAAUGCUAAAAUAUCUCGGUAUCUAUAGUUGUCCAAAUCUGGUCUCUUUUCCCCACGGGGUAUUGCCCACUCCCAAACUGACUUAUUUUACAGUCGAUGGAUGCGAGAAUUUGAAGUUAUUGCCCGACCGAUUACACACCCUCACAGCCCUUCGAGAUUUGUGUAUACACGGAUUUCCAAAUGUUGAGUCAUUUGCAGAAGGGGGUUUGCCUCCCAACCUACAAUCAUUUGCAAUCAGUGGUUGUGAGAAACUGAAGCCUUCAGUGGAGUACUGGGGAAGCGAGGAUGUGUUGGAGACGUUGCUCAAGGAACAGCUGCUCCCUACCACUCUUCCCGAACUCCAAAUCGGUGGGAUGAAAAGUCUGAAAUCUUUGGAGGGACUUCAACACCUCACUUGUCUUCAAGAGCUCCACUUGAGCUCGUGUGAUAGUCUCGAAUUCCUGCCAAAAGAGGGUCUUCCGGCAUCGCUCUCUUUCCUGAGCAUCGAGAAUUGCCCUUCUCUGACGAAGAGGUGUCAGCAGAAGACGGGAGAAGAGUGGAGCAAGAUAGCUCACAUUCCUUGCAUCAAGAUAGGCGACGGGACAGGAUGGAACAACAGUGUCAUCAUUUGAGAUCUCAGGUCAAAGUGAGAUAGCAAACCUGGAAUUGUAAAGAUUGGAUUAUCUAAAGCCAAUGAUUUUAACGUCCAUCAAUUAAUUGUCCAUGAAUGGUUCUCCUGCAGUGUGGCAUGAAUAUGAUUCUCCUUCAAUUGGAUAGAUAUGUUCUUUUUGUACAUACACAGCUGUUGCAGUGAGAACGGGUGACGAUGACCACAAAACAAAAAUGAAGGCCAGGUUUCUUUGGAGCACUGCCUGCAUGCUUGCGCUUGUUGGAAGUCAGUACAUUACGUUACUAGAGCAGGAGCAUUCAGAUAUGUUGAGCUGGGGUAUGAAAAAGGAAAGCACUUGUGUUGGCAUCCUAUCAAAACGGAUAUGAGAAGAAACAGGAUUUUCACAACUUAAUGUGGAAAUGAAGUGGGAGAACACAUCGAUCUGAAGCCUAUGAGCAUCUUAUUCUCUGGAAGUGAUCCAAAGGAACUGAGAGAUUACAGCAUUUUUCUCUGCCAUUGGGGAUGUUAUGAGCCGAAGAAACAAGGGAGAUGGAUGUUGAAAGCAAGGAUGGUUCGCCACAAAAACGAAACUAAGAAAACAAAGCAGGAAGAGUUGAUGGAAAUUUGUAAUGGCAGCAGAGAUGGUGCUGCUGCUAUGAGAAAUAAGAAUGUCGAUGCCAAGGAAGUCAGAAAGCAUCUUAAAGUCGAGGAUUGAGACUCAAGAGGUUGAUUUUGGCAGCAGAGAUGGUGGCAAUGUGUGUUGGUUCACAUAGCAAAUGAGAGAAGGAGAACGUCCUUGAUCAGAAGAUGUAAAGUACUCGGAUGUAGCAAAGCAGGACAAGUUGAUGGAAACUUGUAAUGCAGCAGAGAUGGUGGUGCUGCUGUGAAUGAGAAUGAUGCCAAGGGCAAGGCUGUAAGAGGGUGUCGCAGGGUCAAGGAAUGCCACGUUGAGAGCAGAGAGAUAGAUCUUGAGCUUCCCCUACCUCAGGGCACCAUUGGAAAAUGCUCUCCAGUUUUUGAAGUUCUGUGAAACAUUUAGCGAGUCCCAAGCUGUAUCCGUUCUUCGAGAACUAUCUCGUUGAGGAAGUGGACGAAGUGGAUGGCCUGGACAGUACUCCAUUGUUCGAUUUCAUAGCUAUAUGCUCUUCUUCAUACAGGAAUCUCUAUAGCAAGCAAGCACCAACUGCUCAUGGUUCCAAGAUUUGGAGAACCUGAUCUCCGCAUCCAGGGUCUCUGUGGUUGACCCCAUUAUGAAGGAGUUGCCUUCUGAGUAUUUUAGUGGAGGCGGGGAUGGAUAUGAUGCCUUAAGCUUCUCCCAAAAUCUUAGGCUUUUGAAUUUCCUCUGUGAUGGGGCUCUUAAUGCAAAUCCCUUGUCCAGGACGCUGAGGGGAUGGAUUAAGGAGCAAAAUAAAAGAGUUGUCCAACGUAAAAGGAGAGAGAUCUUCCAAGCAAAGUUGCUGGAGGAGAUGGCUAAGAAAACCACUGCAGAUAAUGGCAGUGCUGUCCCAAUUUCAGAGUCGGACUCCAUUGUUUCAUUACUCUGACGUAAGGCUGCUCAAGCUCAGACGGAGGUGGUCGAUGCUAUGGCCAUGAUACCGGAAAGCGAUGGAAUAUGUGAGGCUGUUAGAAUACAGCCUUAUCUUGUCGAUGCUGAUGGACAUUGCUUUUGGAAACUGAAGGGUGAUUUUGGUGAAGAUAUAUUGCUUCAAGAUUUGGGAACCUGGGAUGGGACUCCAUCUGGUGAACGACAGUCCGUCUGCAGUGCUAAAGAGCCAAUAGACAAAUACCGCUCUUCUCCGGCUCUAAAGGAAAAACAGGCCAAGAGGGAGCGUAGGCAUUCCAAAAACUUGCAGCUUUCCCAAACUUCUUUGGAAAGCAAUAGCGAAAAUGGGCAGGUUUCCUAGACUCCUGAUAGCAAUGGCAAAAAGGGGCAGGUUUCCCAAGCUCCUGAAUGCAAUCGAGAGAACAUGGAGCUCGGUCCUGAGGUGAAUUAAACUUUUUUUAGCCCAAAAGACAUUAAAUUCCUUUUCUUUUUCGUAAAUACAUAGGAAGGGGUAUACAUGUGCGAGAAAAUAUGUAUACAUACAACUAUACGAGUCGGCUGCCCAGGUUUCUGUAUGCAUUCCUACAUGGGAAAGCUGUUUCCCAGUUCAGAUUUCGCUCUCUACGAAUCUGAAGGGGUGGCGGUCUUGAGAAACUGGCACAGCUGCCUGCGAGCAGAAAGAAUUGAGAAGAGUGGUCCUGAUAUGUUGGGAUGAGCUUUGUCAUAGUUAUUUCUUAACGGCUUAUGAAAUUUUCAUGUAUCUUCAUCUCUUGAUAUAUGCUCCCAGUUUAACUUUCCAACUA